AGUCAGAACACAGCCAUUAGCCAUUGCCAUGCCGACCAUGCCAUCCCAUGCGCUGGCCCUCGUGCUCCUCCUUCUCGCAGCAAGCAAAGCAGCUUCCCAGGGGGUAUGCAUAGACCCCCGUCCUUCUUCCGCCGCAGCACCAGCGCCACCAACGUCCAACACUACCAACAGCAGCGCGUUCCGCACCAACGUCCUCACGCUCCUGAACGCCCUCCCCCAGGCCGUAGCGCCAACGGGCUUCGCCUCCCUCUCCUUGGGCACCGGCCGCGACCGUGCCUUCGUCCGCGGCCUCUGCCGCGGCGAUACCACGCCGUCUCAGUGCCUCGCUGACAUGCAAGCAAGCGUCAUCGACUUACGCGGCAGGUGCGCGUCAAACCGGAGCGCGACAGCCUAUUACGACAAGGCCUACAUCACCUUCGCCGACACCAACGACACGAUCAACCUCUACUACGAGAAGCGCUCGCUUAACGCGCUGUACGACGUCCUCACAGUGUCCGACCCAGAAAGCUUCGACCGGACGUACAACGUGCUGAUGAAGCGCCUGGUGGCGCGGGCGGCCAGCGAAGGAGGCAACACCUCGGCGAUGUUCGCCACCGGGGAGGCGGUGUACGCACCAAGCGAUCCCAAAGGGACGAUGUACGGUCUCGUGCAGUGCAUGAGGGACCUCAACGCCUCGCAGUGCGACUGGUGCCUGCAGUCCUUGGUACCAGUGCUGCCGACGUGCUGCUACGGAUAUCAGGGAGGGGUGGCGCGAAACUUCAACUGCCUGCUUCGGAUUCAAAUAUAUACCUUCUACGACCUGGCGCUCGAUGCUCCGCCUCCGGCUGCUCCAACACCGGGAUCCCCCGACGAAACACGCCGAAACACAAGAUUACAGCAUGUCAUCCUUGCUGUCGCCAUUUCUGUUGGGACACUAUUUGUCCUAGUCGUUGUGCUUGCUUGUGUUCGUCGGCAGAGGAAAAGGAUCAAGGCAGACAAGGAACAACAAGGUAUGUAAUAAUUCCUACAGAAGAGCACAUGGGUCAUACGGAACAAGAGAAGGCGAGAAAUAGUU